UGCAAAAAAAAGAAAGAAAAAAAAGAACGAAAAUGAAGCAUCGCACACACUCCUGAGUCGGAGUGGAGGGCAAGCAGAAAAGGAGAGGAUAGAAGGCACGCGUUCAGGAGGAGAGGGAAUUCUCCAACCGGAGUCACGGGAUUAGACUUUUAAAAAAAGUAAAUCUCAAAACAUAUACAUAUGUAUAUGUUUUUUACAUAUAUGUAUUAUAUAUAUGUUUAUAUAUAUUUUGGCAUUUUGUCCAUGAAAUAAAUAUGAGCGCGUGAUGAGUGAACGAUGCGGCUGAAGUGGUGGUGGUGAUGGUGGUGGUGAUGAUGAUGAUUAUGAUGAUGAAGAUGAUGAUGAAUCAGUCUCCAGCCCCGAGCUUCACCAUCCGCUCCAUCCUGGGCACCGCGGCGGAGAGCACAAGACAAGACGCCGGAAGCGGAGGUGCAGGUGCAGGUGGAGGUGCAGGUGCAGGUGGAUCGCGUGCAGCGGCGGCGGCGGUGUCGGUGUCACAGAGGAGGCGCGCGCUCUCGGUGUCCUCGGACGGCUGCAGCGCUGAAGAGGAGGAGUGCAGCAGUGCCGAGUGUUUCUGCAAACUCCAACACACACUCGGCUCCAAAACGCGCCCGAAUGCCCCGGUAAACAAACCCUCGUCAGAAGGGAAUGAACACACGCUGAAGAACUGCAGCAAGAGUAAGAAAGAUGAGCAGAGAUCACCGAGUCCAUGCAGUGAGAAGCGCACUGACAGCAGCACUGAUGACAAAUCCAGCAGUGGAGACAUGGCGAAGAAGAAGACGCGCACGGUGUUCUCGCGCAGCCAGGUGUUCCAGCUGGAGUCAGCGUUCGACGCUAAGCGGUACCUGAGCAGUGCCGAGCGCGCAUGUCUGGCCUCCAGCCUGCACCUGAGUGAGACGCAGGUCAAGACCUGGUUCCAGAACCGGAGGAACAAGUGGAAACGGCAGCUGGCUGCAGAGCUCGAGGCCGCACACAUGGCUCAUGCGGUUCCCUCUGUGGCUCGGACUCUAGUCGGAAUGCCACUGGCCGGAUUUGGUGUUCCAAUGCCGAGAUCUGCUGCUUUUCCGAUGUAUUAUCCCGGAAGUAAUGUUCCGGCAUUUCCUCUGUACAGUCUUUACAGUAACAUUGACUGCUGAGGUUUAAAUGCUGAUGGAUGCGCUGGUGAAGAGGGCGUGUCUGUGAGAGGGAUCGGUGGGCGUGUCUGUGAGAGGGAUCGGUGGGCGUGUCUGUGAGAGGGAUCGGUGGGCGUGUCUUUGAUUAGUACAAAUCGGCAUGAUUGACGGGUUUAUUUGGGACACGUUUGAAUGAAAUGGGCGUGUCUGUGUGGGACAGAUGGGUGAGUUAUAAUCAGACAAUGAGGACGUGUCUUUAUGCCCAUGUAUGAACUCAAAGGGACACAGAAAAGACACGCCCACAUACACUUCCACCUAUAAUGGUGUAAAACACAUGCCCACUACAUGGACUCAUUGACACAGCUUCUCUGGUCUCAGAUUUGCAGACAAACAUAAUGGGAAAAAAUGACACAAAAUCUAGAAAAUAACUUAACAGCUUUAAUUAUAAAAGCGAUCCCUUCUUUAACGAUGUUCCUAAUAAUCGCUCUUUUCUGUCUCUGUAUUCAAUUUCGAAAAUGUUUUAGAGGCAUCUCACUCUCCACCCGUUCGCUCCGAUCCAUGGGGUGAACGGCAUCAGACAGAUGAGACGAGUGUGAUGUGCUUAAAGUUUGUUUACCAAAGGAAAAGGUUGAUACUCCGGCCCAGUUGUGUUACUUUUAUCGGACGUCACUCUGGUUAUUAUUACAACAGUAAUAAUAUUUCCUGCAGUUAUGUAGCCAGGAUGGAAAUAUCUACACAAACUGUUAUAGAGAUAUAGGUUAGAAAUUUUGAACUCUCCUGUACAGAACGUAAUCUGCAGACAGCUGGUCUGUUUUAGUUCAGCUAUUAUCACCAUAACCUUAAUGUUCAAGUCAACCGGUAUCACUGAUACAUCUAUUACUUAUAAAACUAUAUACAAGAAUGGUGAAAACACGACCGGACGUGACGUCAGCACCGUGUUCUCUCUACAGGAUGACCUUAAAUCCAAGGCUCUUUAGAUUAAACAAGGAAAUUAACUGUAUAAAAGAAAAUAUGGUCUGUAUUACUAACAUAACUACAUUUCAGCUCCUUUUAUUUAUUCUCUCUACUCGAACUCAGCUGUGUCUCUGAUCACGUACACAUGACACACAAACAGAGCUAGUGCAGUAAAGACCAUUCUCAGUUUUAAUGUGCUUUAUUUUAUUCUUCAGUGCUUCUAUAGACUGACCAUUUAGAUUAGCACUUACAGUACUACAUUAGCACUUAGCCUUCCAGAUUCUAUGUGAUCUGACACAGAAAUUGUACUAUAACUAUUUUAUUUGAAA